CUCAGAUCGGCCAUGCCAGCGCGCUGCGUUUCUCCCGUCCCCAUCGGAGUUCGCCCUUCUGCAGCGAGUCCCCUUCCCACACCGCGGAAGUACCGCUCCUGUGACCAGGAGAGGGCGGAGUUCAGGCGUUGAGAGGCUGUACAGCUGCCCUGUAUGCUGUCCUUCCUGGGAACAGUUCUCGGAUAACCGUCCCCCCCCAUUCUGUAUACGAGCUAGUUGCUGAUUGGCCGGCUGUCUGCCUCAGCAGCUGAAGAUGUCUGACAAUGGAGAGGUGGAGGACAAGCCACCGGCACCGCCCAUGCGGAACACCAGUACCAUGAUUGGGGCCUGCAGCAAGGAUACUGGCGCCCCCCACCACGGCUCCAAACCCCUGCCCCCCAACCCUGAGGACAAGAAGAAGAAGGACCGCUCCAUCCGCUCCAUCCUCACGGGCGGGAGUGACAAGACCAACAAGAAGAAGGAACGACCCGAGAUCUCACUCCCAUCCGACUUUGAACACACCAUCCACGUCGGCUUCGACGCGGUCACCGGAGAGUUCACCGGCAUGCCUGAGCAGUGGGCCCGACUCCUCCAGACCUCCAACAUCACCAAACUGGAGCAGAAGACGAACCCCCAGGCCGUGCUGGACGUUCUCAAGUUCUACGACUCCAAGGAAACCUCCAACAGCCAGAAGUACAUGAGCUUCACCGAUAAAACAGCGGAGAGUUACUGCUCCUCAAAUGCCCUGGGCUCGAAAGCCGUGUCAGAGACGCCUGUCGUGAGCACGCUCGAGGACGAGGAUGAGGAUGAGGCCACACCCCCACCCACUGUCGCCCCCAGGCCAGAGCACACAAAAUCGAUUUACACACGCUCGGUGAUCGAGCCCAUCCCGGCGACUCCCACCAAGGAUGCAGCCACAUCACCCAUCUCCCCCCCAGCAGAGGGCGCCGGCCCCGCCCCCGCCCCCUCUACAAGCCCCCCCCGGAGUGCGGACAAAACCCGGAAAAAGACCAAGAUGUCGGAUGAGGAGAUACUGGAAAAGCUACGUGGCAUCGUCAGUGUUGGUGACCCUAAGAAAAAGUACACGAGGUUUGAGAAGAUCGGACAGGGCGCUUCUGGGACGGUUUACACUGCGACAGACAUCGCCACGGGACAGGAGGUGGCCAUCAAGCAGAUGAACCUGCAGCAACAGCCCAAGAAGGAGCUGAUCAUCAACGAGAUCCUGGUCAUGAGGGAAAACAAAAAUCCCAACAUCGUAAACUACCUGGACAGCUACCUGGUGGGUGAGGAGCUGUGGGUGGUGAUGGAGUACCUCGCAGGAGGCUCCCUGACGGACGUCGUGACGGAAACCUGCAUGGAUGAGGGUCAGAUUGCUGCUGUGUGCCGAGAGUGCCUACAAGCCCUGGAGUUCCUGCACUCAAAUCAGGUGAUUCACCGUGACAUCAAGAGUGACAACAUCCUGUUGGGCAUGGACGGCUCUGUCAAGCUCACGGAUUUCGGCUUCUGCGCCCAGAUCACCCCCGAGCAGAGCAAGCGCAGCACCAUGGUAGGCACGCCCUACUGGAUGGCGCCCGAGGUCGUGACCCGGAAAGCGUACGGGCCCAAGGUGGACAUCUGGUCCCUGGGCAUCAUGGCCAUUGAAAUGAUCGAAGGAGAGCCGCCGUACCUCAACGAGAACCCGCUGAGGGCACUGUACCUCAUAGCUACCAACGGCACCCCGGAACUCCAGAACCCCGAGAAGCUCUCCACCAUCUUCAGGGACUUCCUGAACUGCUGUCUGGAGAUGGACGUGGAGAAGAGGGGCUCUGCCAAGGAGCUGCUCCAGCACCAGUUCCUGAGGGUGGCUAAACCCCUCUCCAGUCUCACCCCCCUCAUCCUAGCAGCCAAAGAGGCAGCUAAAAACAGCCGCUAGCAUCCAGUGGAGGGGGAGGGGGGUGUCCGCCAUACACCCCCUCUCCUUCAACAGGCCCGAUCGUCCGCCCGCUGGAAGCCUUUGGGCGGGGCCCCAUUUGGCCUCCCUCACUCUCUGGACCUCAAGAACCCCCUUGGCAGGGUCCUGAGUUUCAGUGGCUAGACUGUGAAUGGACUGCAGACGUCACCUGACCACCAGGACCAGAGCCAGGGGGGGUGGGGGGCUCAUGCAUCUCAAACGCUGAUGGUCCUAAAGCCCUCCUGAUUUGCUGUGCUUUCGUCCUUUUAUUUAUGUGGCCCCCACCCUUGUGAAGGUUUUUAUUUUUUAAUUUUUUUUUUAUUUUUAUAGACUGUAGAAUAGUGAAUGAUCUGUGGCAUCGGGCUUCUGUUCAAUCCUGUUGGGUUUGCUGGGAGUCAGAGAACGAAAGCAUGUCGCCCGUAUUAAAAGAUGACCUAGAUAAUGAUGGUAACGAAAAUACUACCACUGCAGCUACUACUAUUACUAACACUAAUAAUAAUGAUAAGGCCAAGGUUUAGCUAAAGCGCAGUGUAACAUUGGUUGUAAAAAUAGUACAGUACGAUGAUAGCUGCACCUUAAACAGCUUACAGUGGAGUAAACCCCAGGAAACACAUGCUACAGGAGCUGGAAGGGGUCAGGUGGCGCUGCCUGUCAGUGACAGCUUGCGUCUCCUUUAGCCACAGCUGGAAAAUGUCAACUGUCCACCCGCCUGAGCAGGCAUGGCUGUCCGAGGCGCGCGCGCCUUCUCAGUUUUCCUGUUCUCCUCCAGUUUACCUUUCUUGCCUCACUGACCGUGUCUGGAUGUGUGUGGCCUUUACCAUGCAUGUGCUGUAAUAUAAACAACCCCCUGGUGUAAGAUGGGCCACUGAUCAGCCAGUGAGGCUCUGGGCCCUGAAAUCAGAUAAUAGUAAAUAAAUAACCUUUAGUAGACAGAGGUACAGAUUCUUAAUCAGAGGUACACACUGGCAGGUACUUCCGCUACUGCCAGACAGAAAUAUCAUAUUUAUUUUCCUUUUUUGAUUAAUUGUCUCUCUUAAAAAUGAUUCAUGAAAUCAGGAUCUUUCAAAUCAGGCCACAACGUGCUAUGGUCUGGGCCUAAACUUUCAGUGACCGUAGUCGAUUGACUUUUCGAAAGAUUAUUUUGUUAGAGUGUUAAGUACGCCUUCCUACAUGGAGGGCACGCUUCUGCGUUGAAGUGUUUUGGGAUAGUGGUUGAAGGUUUGAAUCAGAGACCAUUUCAGAAUAUUCUGUGUUGUGAUCUGUUGAUAUCCCACAUCGGGUUCGGUAACUGAAUUCACGUUGUACAGCUGUGGGUCUGAUCGCUGCACUCAGAAAACGCCUCCGAACUGGUGACUAACGGUCUGAAAAUCCCACAUGAACCUAGUUGAUAGUACAGUGCAUCAUGGGGCCCAUCUUGCCCCCCCCCCAUAGUCACAAUAACAGUAUAUCUUUUGUUUUUAUUCAUGUUUUUUGUUAAUAAGGUAUAACAAACUGGCUGUAGAAAUACAUAAAACAAUGAUCUGAUGCACACUGAAUGUAUUCCUGGAACGUAUUCAAAUGUUUCCAAGAAAAUGAAUGUUUGGAACGAAAUAAAAUCGCUUUGCAUCUGUAA